AUGAUGCGCAAUAAUAACAACGCGCAAAAGCACCAGCAACCCCGGAAAACACGGCCAGCGAAGCGCCCACCUCUGACCCAUUUUCUAUGCCUGCCGUUGGUGAAUUCUACGUCCAUUUCUCAGCUGGAAUCCUCUAUUGCAGCUUUCAAGGCUGCUAGUUUUCCUUGUCAGGCCUCGGAUUUGAGGCAUGUCCAAAGCCAAUCUACAAAUGACCAAACUGUUCCACACCCACUUAUUCCCGAAGGUGCGAUCCGCCCCUUAGGGACGCUGCAUCUGACCCUGGGUGUAAUGAGUCUUCCAAAAAAGGAAACACUCGAUGAGGCACUUCGUUUCUUCCACUCUCUCGAUCUGGCUGGCUUGAUGCUGGAGGCAGAACGAGUCGCCAUCAAUUUGCGCCAAAAGCGAUCUUCGACCCCGCAAGUAUCUACGUCAACAACUAUGGGAUCUACAGAAAAAACAUCGCAGGGGGCUCAGCCAUUCUCUAUCUCUUUGGAGUCUUUACAUGCCCUACCCAGAGCCAAAGCAGCGACUGUUUUACACGCUUCACCUGAGGACCCAACGGGACGCUUGUAUCCGUUCUGCUUUAUGCUGCGCGAUAAAUUCAUUGAAGCUGGCUUCAUCCUUGGAGAGUCAAAGGACAUGCAUGCAGGGGAUAAAAAAGUCCCCCGGGCUAUUCCUGCACCCCAAAACGCCGGCAAAGCUUCUCAUUGCGAAGAUAUGCGUGGAGAUGACGUAGCUCUAUCUGAUGAUGGGCCAAAUUCCCUUCCAGAAUCGGGAAUUGCUGUCGAUCCAGAGAAAUCUGAUCCCUAUUCUAUCGCGCGUUCUCGGAUGCCAAAACCGCGACCGCUUCUUCUUCACGCUACAGUUGUAAACACAAUCUACGUCCGUGGUCGCCGAAGUCUCGAGCAGGGGGUUGUAGGAAAUCCUAGAGAUGAAAGGAGCCGUAUCAAAAAACGGCUCGAAUUAGACGCUCGAAGCCUGCUAUCUAAGUAUCAGGAUUUCUAUAUAGAUGAAACACGAGCGACACCACGGGCCUUUACCCCAACUAUUGACUGUUCUCGAGGAAAGCUAUCAUCGGGACUAACACAAAAUCCUCCCCAAGCCAUCUCCAAGGAUGAGCCCUCUUCACUGUCAGCGGCUGUUUCAGACGGUGAUGAAGUUGUUUCAACCCGCAAAGACAGGUCUACGCCUAGUCUUCCGAAGUACCCAUUUGUAUGGGCCAAAGGCAUACUGCUUGACUCGGUUUGUAUCUGUGAAAUGGGCGCCAAGAAGCUCACUAUCGAGGGCAGCGAGACCCCAGUAUUGAAUGAAAGACUGGGCGAAAAGUAUACCGUUGUCGCAGAGCGGCGAUUGCAUUCCUCAAUGCCAACGGUAAAGGGAAGUUGCGAGGAUGUGGAUGGAAGCGUGAGGUUUAGCUAG